AUGGAAAAUAAGUAUGAUAUUGUCAUUGUCGGUGCAGGCCCCGUAGGGCUGAUGCUCUCUGCCUGUCUUCUUCGUCUCGGGCCUUACAAAAUCAAACACAUUGAUGACCGCGCGGAGCCGACCAAUGUUGGGCGUGCCGAUGGCGUCCAAGCCCGAACCCUAGAUGUGCUUGAGGAUCUAGGGUUGAAAGACAAGAUUAUGUCCCAUAAGCCCGCGCUUCUCAGCGAGGUUGCAUUUUGGAACGCAUCCAAGACCGGUCAAGGCAUUUGCCGCACAGGGAAAUCUACGGGAUAUCCAGCUUUUAUCCGCACGCGUCAUCCCUUUACCACGAUUCUUCAUCAAGGGAAACUUGAGCGUAUCUUUCUUGAUGAUCUCAAAGACGGGAAUGUCGAGGUUCAACGGCCGUGGACGAUAGAAGCUGUUCGAAUAGACAUGUCUAAUUCCGAAUAUCCUGUGGAGACAGAAGUUGCCACUGUAGAUGGCUGCCAGAGAACAACGGUAAGAUCAAAGUAUGUCUUCGGGGCAGAUGGGGCGCGCAGCAGAGUUAGAGAGCUCCUGGGUAUCCCCAUGGUUUAUAAGGACCCCACAAUACAUAUUUGGGGCGUUAUCGACGGGGUCAUUGAGAGCGACUUCCCAGAUAUCCAGAUCAAAUGUACGAUCCGUUCUGACGCCGGGUCUGCCAUGAUCAUCCCUCAGACCGGAGACCGAGUUCGUGUUUACGUCCAACUCUCCCCAAGACCUGAGCAGGACCUUCCAACCCUUGCAUCUCAAUCUGAAAUCCAAGAAACGGCACGUAGCAUCCUCUCUCCCUACUGUAUUCGAUGGAAAUGUGUCGACUGGCACUCCAUGUAUCGAAUCGGACAAGGGGUCGCCACCACCUAUGCUGUGAAACAGCACAUUUUUAUCGGCGGCGAUGCAUGUCACACGCAUAGCCCGAAAGCAGGCCAGGGGAUGAACUAUGGCUUUCUAGAUGCACACAAUCUUGCGUGGAAACUUCACCUUACAUACGAAGACGAACGUAAACAGGCUGCCAGCAGAUUAAUCGAGUUUGACGCAACCUACGCUGGUCUCUUCAGCAGCCAGCAGGUCUCCAACGAGGUGGCCCAUCGUACAGAGUUUAUGCGCGUGUUCAAGCAAAACUGUCUCUUGACCAGCGGAUACGGGGUGUCCUAUCCGCCGAACUCCUUGAUUUGUCCCCCGGCUAAACAAGACAGAGCCACGUCUAUUUCAGUGAGCUGCAUUCCGGGACAGAUAUUCCCCCUUGCCACUGUGACCAGAGUUCAUGAUGCCCGUGUUGUAAAUCUGGAGCAAGAAAUAUCUUUCAAUGGCAGCUUUCGCAUUUACGUCUUUGCCGGCAAGCCGUCUGCUACCCGCCAAGUGAUUAACGAAUUGGCCGAAAACCAGGCAUCAAAAGCCUCCCAGCUUUUGCAGAACAUUGGUCACGCGUAUGUGAGGGAGAGCAAUAGUUAUUCUCCGUUCUUUGCGUAUUUUUUCAUUUUCAAUGCGUGUCGGUCAUUGCUCGCUCCUGAGACCUGUCUACCCAGUUAUUUUCUCCCUUACCAGCACCAUCUCUACGCUGAUGAACAGCCUACCAUGGAGAUUGCGGGGGCAGCCCAUCUAGGUAUGGGAAUCGACCCGACCGAAGGAGGGUUGGUAGUAGUUCGGCCCGAUGGGUACAUCGGCUGCGUCUCGCCUCUUACCGCCGGCUUCGGGGCAGUGGCAGCAUUAAACCAGCACUUUGAGAGGAUCCAUGGGCAUAUAUCUAAUGCUUAA